AUGGCAGCUAAUCCAAAUUUAUCAAAGGGUGCAAUGAGAGGAUUGACAAAUUUCAUAUCAGAUCUUAGAAAUGCACCAAACAAAGAGAAUGAAGAGAAAAGAGUAACUAAAGAGAUGGCACACAUUCGUAAGGAGUUCAAAGAGAAUAAGAAUAUCGAUGGAUACCAACGUAGAAAGUAUGUCUGUAAGCUUAUCUAUAUGUACAUGUUGGGCUAUGAACUUGAUUUCGGACAUAUGGAAGCUGUCACUUUAUUAUCCUCAAGUAAAUUCACUGAGAAACAAAUUGGUUAUAUAUCAUUAGGUAUUCUAUUGAAUGAAUCACAUGAGAUGUUACCAUUGAUUAUCAAUUCAUUCAAAGAGGAUCUAUUGGCACGUAGCGAUUACUUCCAAGCACUGGCAUUGGCUGCCGUUUGUAACAUCGGUGGUAAAGAGACCGCCGAGUUUCUUGCACCACUCAUUCAAAAGUUAUUGAUUGCCAAUACAUCAGCACCAUUAGUUAAAAAGAGAGCAGCAUUAGCUAUUUUGAGAAUGAAUCGUAAUCAUCCGGGAUUGGUUACACCAGACUCUUGGGUCGAACGUUUAAUCUCGGUAUUGGAUGAACAAGAUUUCGGUGUUUUGAAUUCAUUGAUGAGUUUACUCAUUGAUUUGGUCUCGGAGAAAGCUGAAGGUUGGGAACCUGCUGUUCCCAAAGUAAUUCAUCUUCUUUAUAAGAUCAUUAUUCAAAAAGAGAAUCCAAAGGAAUAUAUUUACUAUCAUAUUCCAUGUCCAUGGUUACAAGUUAAAUUAUUGAGAUUCCUAAGAUAUUUCCCACCAUUGGAAGAUGCUACUGGUAGACGUCUUACAGAGAUUCUCAAUGCAAUCUUUGCCAUUUCGGAAUCUGCAAAAGCAGGUACCAUCAACCAUAAGAAUGCAUUGAAUGCCGUACUAUUCGAAGCAAUCAAUCUUAUCAUUCAUCAUGACAAUGAUCCAGCACUUUUAAAACAAACAUCAAUUCUUUUGGGUCGUUUCAUCACUGCCAAAGAAACAAAUAUUAGAUAUUUGGGUUUGGAAGCAAUGUCCCAUUUCGCUUCACUCUCCAAUGAGACUUCUGUAAUGAUAAAGAAAUAUCAAGAUACUGUUCUAUGUAAGUUAAAUGAAUUGAAUGGAGAACAUGAAAUAAAAAGGCUACGUUGGUUACUAAUAGAUUAUUUAGUAUCAUUAAAGGAUGCUGAUAUCAGUAUUAGAAGAAGAGCAUUGGAUUUAUUAUAUGGAAUGUGUGAUAAGGUAACUUGUAAGACUAUCGUUGCAGAGCUAUUGAGUUAUCUCCAGACUGCCGAUUAUAAUAUUCGUGAGGAGUUGGUCAUCAAGAUUGCCAAUUUGGCAGAGAAGUUUGCCAGUAACUACUCUUGGUACGUCGACGUCAUCCUUCAGUUGAUUACUACUGCAGGUGAUUUCGUGAGUGACGAUAUCUGGUUCCGUGUUGUCAAGAUUGUUACCAACCACGAGGAUAUCCAGACCUAUGCUGCCAGCACUGUGUUUGUCGCUCUCCAAAACAGAAAUGCACAUGAAACACUCGUAAAGGUCGGAGGUUAUAUCCUCGGUGAGUUUGGUCAUCUGAUCGCCGACAAUCCAGCGAGUUCGCCACUCAUCCAAUUCCAAACACUUCACGGAAAGUUUGCCACCUGUGGAUUGCAAACCAAGGCAUUGCUAUUGUCUACCUACGCCAAGUUUGUCAAUCUCUUCCCAGAGCUUACCCAACAGACCCAAGAGGUAUUCCGUCAACACAGCAGCUACAUCGAUGCCGAAAUUCAACAACGUGCCUGUGAGUAUCUUAAUCUCACCAGUUUGAACGAAGAUCUGAUGCAGACAGUUCUCGAUGUCAUUCCUGCAUUCUCUGAGAAUAAGGAUCUCAUCAACAGCAACAGCAGUGGAAGUGCUGGUAUCGGAAACGAAAUUUCAACUCCACCAUCCAACACAUUUAGCUCAGGAAAUAACAGUCAUAUCGGUGGUAAUACUAGUCAACUCGAUUUGCUCGACCCAUUCGGUCUUGGUGUUUCCAGUCCAUCACAACAACAACAAUAUCAACAACAACCACCACAGUACCAACAACCGAUUGCUCAACCACAACAAUUCUUCUCACCACAACAACAACUCCAACCAGAAAACUAUCAACAAGAAGUUGGUUCACCCUUUGGAUCCGGUCAACAUAAUAAUUUGUUGUCGCCAACUGCGAGCUCAGGAUCACCAAAUACUGGUUCCACCGGUUCACCAUUGGAUCCUCUAGCAAUCAAGAUUGUCAAUGCCUACAAACGUUUAUGCUUGGUCAACGACGGUGUAUUAUAUGAAGAUUCGAUCAUCCAAAUCGGUUUGAAAUCAGAGUACAACGGUGCUCAAGGUCGUAUCGUACUCUACUAUGGUAAUAACUCGUCGUUCCCUCUUACCAGCUUCAACACCACCUUUGAGAGUGCAUCGAGCACCCUCCAACUCCAACCACAAUCGACCGCUCCAAACAUCCAGCCAAAGGCUCAAAUUCAACAGCCAAUCACCUUUAGUUGCACCGGUGAAUUCUCGGAAUCGCCAACUGCCGCCAUCAAUUUCUUGACACCCGGUAAACCAAUUACCAUCCAUCUCAAGCUGCCCAUUGUAAUUUCCAAAUUCUUUGAUCCAUUGCAAUUGAACAGUGGCGACUACUUUGCCAAGUGGAAGAUUCUACCAGGUAAACCAGUUGAAAUUCAAGAAGUAUUUAAAACCAGUAAGCCAAUCGAUAUGGCACAUUUCAAUAAGGUAUUGAGCGAAGGAUUAAAUCUCACCGUCAACAAGGGUGUCGAUCCAAAUCCAAACAAUUUGGUUGCAUCAGCACAGUUCCCAUAUGCACAGAACCCAAUGUUUGUUUUGCUUAGAAUCGAAUCGAAUCCACAGGCCAACAUGUGCCGUCUCACUAUCCGUUCACAAUCAGCAGUUAUUUCCAAUGCCACAAAACAACUAAUUAUUUCUCAUCUUUCAUAA